AUGUCGUUAACAAAUUGCCGUUUUUAUGAGGAGAAGUACCCGGAGAUAGACAGUUUUGUGAUGGUGAACGUGAAGCAGAUUGCGGAAAUGGGAGCAUACGUGAAGCUCCUUGAGUACGAUAACAUUGACGGCAUGAUUUUGUUGUCAGAAUUAUCUAGGCGUCGUAUUAGAAGUAUACAGAAGCUCAUCCGCGUCGGAAGAAAUGAGGUUGUAGUUGUUCUUCGUGUGGAUAAAGAAAAGGGUUAUAUCGAUCUGUCAAAACGCCGAGUCUCUGCCGAGGAUGUCAUCAAGUGUGAGGAGCGAUACAAUAAGAGCAAAUCUGUUCAUUCGAUCAUGCGCCACGUUGCGGAGAAGACACACACUCCGAUUGAGGAGCUAUACCAGCAGAUCGGUUGGCCGCUGAAUAAAAAAUAUGGACAUGCCAACGAUGCGUUCAAACUUUCGAUCACAAAUCCGAGUGUGUGGGACGAUGUAACUUUCCCAAGCCAGGUCGUCAGAGAUGAGCUCUUGCUACACAUCAGCAAAAGGCUUACGCCACAGCCCACUAAGGUGCGAGCGGACAUUGAGGUUACAUGUUUCAGUUACGAGGGUAUCGACGCUGUUAAGGACGCCCUACGAACUGCUGAGGCCAACAACACCACGGAUACACAGGUCAAGGUCAAACUGGUUUCCCCUCCAUUAUAUGUCCUGACCAGCCAUUGCCUGGACAAAAACCUCGGCAUCAAAACUUUAGAAGACGCUAUUAGGAGCAUUUCUGAGAAAAUUCGGUCUUCAGGAGGGUCAUGUGUGGUCCAAAUGGCACCUAAGGCAGUAACGGAAGAGGAUGAAGCUAACCUGCAGCUUUUGAUGGAGAAAAAAGAACGCGAGAACCAAGAAGUUAGCGGCGAUGAAAGUGUCAGCGAGAGUGAUGACGCGAUGGUUGAAUAG